AUGUGUUCGCAAUCAGUGAGCGGCUCAAGUCUUUUGUCAGGUUAUAAUGAAGAUGAUGCUCGUGAAACAAGUGGACGUUCACGACGAGAAUUUGAAGAAAUAGAUGCUGUUUUAUAUGCUGAAGAAAAAGCAAAACGUUCUUCUAUUAAAAAGAUUUGUGAAGAAUGGUCAAGUAAACCACAUUUUCGAAUUCGUGGUCGUUUAAGUCAUAUUGAAAGACAGCCAACAAUAAAUUUCGCUCAACCAUAUAAACAACAAGAUAUCACUAAUAUCGAAACAACAACCACAUCAUCAACACUUGAUCUAUUAGCCACUAAUCCAAAAUUUUCUAGUUUAAAUUCAACUGAAUUAAAUGCUCUUCUUGAUGAUACUGCUUCUGGUCGUUCAUCGAUUGAUUCAAUUGAAGGUUCUGAAUUAACAAAUAAUUCUGAUUUAGAUGAUGAUGAUGAUGCUACAAAUACCAUAUUAGAUGAUCAUUUCAGUGGUACAGCUGCUGAUUCAUUUGAUACAGACGAAGAUGAUGAUGAAAAUAAUGAUUUUUCACUUGGUAUAUCAACAAAACAUCGUCAUCAUCAUUUACGUUCUAAACAUCCACAAUUAUUAAUUAAAUGUAUGAAAGAUAGUAUUGUAAAUUCUUUAGCAUCAGAAUUACUUCAACUAUUUCUUUCCGAUCAACAAUUACUUUUACAACAAUAUGCUAAACUUAUUUGUUCAAGAAAUGCUAUUAAACUUCGUCCAAAAUUACGACCAUAUUCAUUACCGCCACGUUCAUUAUCACAAAAUCGUUUUUCAUUACCAACAGCAUCAUCAAUAGCAGCAACAAGUGCUUUAUUACAAAUACCACCAUUUCCAAUACGUUCAACACCUGAACCAGGUAUGAAAUUAACUGGUCUAUUACGUGUUACACCAUUACGUAUAACAAAUUCUGGAUCAGGUACAAAUGUUCCAACAUCACCAAGAAAAUCUCAAAUACCACCAUCAUUUCCUCCACCACCACCUCUAAAUGAACGAACACCAACAUCUUUAAUACUUGAUAAACGAAAUCAACAACAAAUAUCUUUAAUUGGUAUAUCUGUUGCUAAUCCUCCUUCACAUCAAUUAACUUUAGCUACAACACCACAAUCAUCUCAAAGUCAAAUACGACAAACACCAUCAACAUUUCGUUAUCGAUCAGCUACAACAAUUAAUACAAAUAUACAAAAUAUAGAAUCUAAUACACGUUUACCACCAAUUAAUAUUGAACGUUUAACAAGUAAUGAUCAAUUCACAAUUAAUCGUUCAAAUACAACAACGUCUGUUAUUGUUGAAUCAAUUCCAACAGCAACACGAGCUGUUAGUGGUACAAGUACAGGUUCAAAUCUUUCUUCAACAAUUAAAGUACGAACAUUAGCUAAUAUUGGAAAACUUCAACGAGCAUCUCGACCAAUAUCAAUAUCAUCAAUUAAUAAUAAUAAAGACUUAAAUAAUUCAUCAUCAACAAGUCCAGCUCGUUCAAUAAUAACAACAAAUCCAUCAUCUUCAUCACUCAAAACAAAUGCUGCUAGUCGAACACAACAACAACAACAACAACAACAGCAGCAACAACAAAAAAGACCUUUAGUAACAACGAAAGCUCCACCACCACCUGCACCAGGUGUUAUUAAAGUACCUGCACCACAUAUUUUCUAG